GCUACGGUGGCCCGGAUGCGGAACGCCAGCCGACGGAGGGCGCAGCUGAACGAAGAGAAGAGGCGCGUGCCCUGCGGCGAGAACUACGAGCGCCUGCGCAGGCUUCGCGCGCAGCCGCCCGCCUGCUCCAACGUGGACAGGGCCAGCACCCGGCCGCCGCCGCUGAU